AUGAUCCCCGCCCUGCGCAGGCCCGGUCGCCGAGGUCGGGACAGGGUCACUGCAGGGGCUGCCGCCUUCUUUCCACUGCCUGCAGCCCAGCUGGCCCGGUGCCCCCUGCAGGAAAUGAGCUUUCUCUUCAUGGAGCCAGUCCGAGGAGCUGCAGGUGCGACUGAUGGGAAUGAAGUGGCCAAGGCCCAACAGGCAACUCCUGGGGGAGCAGCCCCAACCAUCUUCUCCCGGAUCCUGGACAGGAGCCUCCCAGCUGACAUUCUUUAUGAGGACCAGCAGUGUCUUGUAUUCCGUGAUGUGGCCCCUCAGGCUCCUGUGCACUUCCUGGUCAUUCCUAAGAAGCCCAUUCCUCGGAUUAGCCAGGCUGAAGAAGACGACCAGCAGCUUCUAGGACAUCUACUCCUUGUGGCCAAGAAGAUAGCAAAGGCUGAGGGCCUGGGAGAUGGAUACCGACUUGUGAUCAACGAUGGGAAGCUGGGUGCACAAUCUGUGUAUCAUCUGCACAUUCAUGUACUUGGGGGCCGGCAGCUCCAGUGGCCUCCAGGUUGAACCUGCCAACUGACCAAAGGACACCAGACUCUGGAUGCUUGGAUGGAAAGGGAAAAAUUGACCCUGUGAUACUAAUAAAACUGUUAUCCUUUAA